AUGCUUCAGAUAUAACAUGGUAUAUAAAAAAGGAUGAAGAAGAUGGGGCAUUGAGUGAAGACGAAGCUGAGUGCUAUUUUACAAGGAUGUUGAAAUCUCAACUGUUGAUGGUUUCCAAAGUUCAGAGAAGGAAGCCUUUGUCAUUUCCGUGGUUCGACCAAACACAACCAAUUAAAGAGGUAGGGUUUCUAAGUGACUGGAGGCGAAUGAACGUGGCUGCAACACCAGUGUCUAUGACACAGAAACAUUUGUUGAUGGAUUCUUAAACUUGAUUUGGCUGAGCACUUUGAGGAGCAUGAUGAGUAUCUAAGUGGCUCUGGAUUCUGUAAUUAUUUCUUUGCAGCGGCCUGCUGAAGUGUUUAUACCGUGGUGUUGGGUUUGAGUACCCCUUUGUGCUUUCAUUCAAUGAAAUCAAAAAAGGGAUGAUGUUUGUAUUUUAAAUAUUGGGGUUGACAUUGAAGGUUGAUAUACAAUAGCUAUUGCAAGUUGUCCUGAGAAGUAUCAGAUCUAGAAUUGGACCAGAUGUUGAGAGAUGUAUUGAAAUUUGAUUAUGAAUUAUUGUUUGAAGUCAUUUCAGAGGAGAAAGUUGGAAUGGUGGUGGAGGUAGAGAAGAAGUCGAAGAAGAAAUCAUCUGCUGUCACGCUGCAGCACUUCAUCUCAACCAUGACUCCUUUACUCGAUUUGGACAAGGUUCUUUCUUCCAUUCUCUUCUACUUUCUGACUCAAUCGCACUAGUGACUGCUUAUUCUUUGCAUGUUGUUGCUCUGCAACAGUUUUGCUAUGUUUCAACAAAUUAAAGAAUUUCCAAUAAUUGCUUAAUUCAAUUUGCCUUGUUUGUAAACCCAUUUUCCAAUAUUGAAAGAGAUCUUUUAAUCUUAUUUGUUUCUAAACCAGUCAUUUAGUCUGGUAGCCGUCAUGCAAUAGCUUUCCAAACAAUUUGAAUAUAUAUGUGUGUGCGUUCCUUGAGGAUUAGAACUUCUUUUCCUAGUGUGUGAAUUGUGUUGAAAAUAAACUUGAAAGCUGAGG